UUAUGUUAUUUGACUUCUUUCUGGAAUGGCGUAGACUCGAUUAUCCGUACCCAAUAAUUACAGACUUGGAGACUUCCGGAUGGAUGGUGAAAUUGAGCGCCAUUUUCGACAUUGCUGUCAAUAAUACACAGCAGAACGAAAGAUGCCCAGAUAUAAAAAGAAAACCACCACAGCUGUAGCACCGCCCGCCCAGGAAGAUGAACAGGUUGCUAUGGAAACAGAGCAGGAACCAGCCAGUGAAGAAGUUCCACAAACCCCAACAGUUUCAAGACAUUUCAAUCCAGAGGAAUACGGAGAUGUUGAAAUUCCUGCGGCCCCAGAAUCGGUAGCAACAUAUGACGUUAAUGGACCCAGGUUGAUGAUUUCACAGAUCAAAAAUCAUAAUUUUAAAUCGUAUGCUGGAACCCAAACACUUGGACCUUUUCAUAAAAGUUUUACAUCAAUAGUGGGACCUAAUGGUAGUGGGAAAUCAAAUGUUAUUGACUCCAUGUUGUUUGUGUUUGGUUACCGUGCCAACAAGAUACGAUCAAAGAAACUGAGUGUUUUAUUACACAACAGUGAAGAACAUCGUGACAUCAACAGUUGUACCGUUAGUGUUUAUUUCCAGAGAAUUAUUGACACAGGGCCUGGAGAUGAAGAUUUUACAGUUGUACCUGACUCUGAGUUGGUCGUCUCCCGUACAGCGUAUAAAGAUAACACCUCUAACUACAGUGUCGAUGGACGAAAAGUUACCUAUAAGGAAGUGGCUGCGUUAUUACGUAAAUGUGGAAUUGAUCUCGACCACAACAGAUUCUUAAUCCUACAGGGGGAGGUUGAACAAAUAGCGAUGAUGAAACCUAAAGCAUUAACGGAACAUGAAGAUGGCAUGCUAGAAUUCCUGGAAGAUAUUAUCGGCAGUAACAGAUUUAAAGAACCAAUCGAUAUCUUGUCAAAAAGAGUUGAAACAUUAAACGAGUAUCGGGCUGAAAAGUUAAAUCGUGUGAAAGUUGUAGAGAAGGAGAAAGACGACCUUGAAGGCCCCAAAAAUGAGGCGUUAGAAUUUUUGAAGCAAGAGAAUGAAUUAAUUGGAGUCAAGCAUCAGCUAUAUCAUGUUUAUAUCCAUGAAUGUACAGAGAAUGAAGAAAAGGCCAAGGCUGAAUUUGAUAAAAUAAACGAAAGUUUGAAAGAAGUUGACAACAAAAUGGCUGAAAUAACAGAAACAAAGAAAGUAAAAGCAGAAGAACACAAGAAGACUUUUAAAGAAUUCCAAGAGUUACAGAAGGAGAUAGAAAUAAAUAAAGAUAAAUAUAAUGAGUUUGAGCAGAAAGACGUCAAAUGUCGGGAGGAUUUAAAACAUACCAAGGCUCAAAUCAAAAAACAGGAAGCUACUCUUGUAGCAGAAACCAAAAAGAUAGAGGAAUUAAAAGCCGUCCCUGCUAAAAGUGAGAAACUGGUGGAAGAAUUGACUGUAAAACUGGAGAAAUUAGAAUCAGAGAAAAUACAAGCAGAAGAAUCUGUGAAGAAAGUUAUGGAUAGUCUGAAAACUGAAACAAUGGAACUUCAAGUUGAAAAAGAUAAAAAAGAAGAGAAAGUUUUAGAAUUGUGUCAAUCGGUGAACGAAGCAAAAUCUAAGUAUCAAAUUGCCCAAUCAGAACUUGAUGUGUAUCUUAGCAACCAGACAAGAGAAGAAAAUAAGCUAAAAGAAACAUCAGAAAAACUGGAAACAUUGGAAGAAACUUUAAAAACUAGAAAAACGAAUAUAAUUGAAAUGGAGACGAGAAUACCAGAAUUACAGAAGAUAGUUUCUAAAUGUAAACAAGAUUUUAAACAGGUUGAAGAAAAAGAAGCAAAAUCAACUCAGACUGUCCGUGAAUUAAGAGCGAAACUAGAAGCCACUCGUAGUUCCAUGCAGGCAGACUUGAACAAAGGAAAGGUUAUCCAGGCUCUUAUGGAACAGAAAAGAUUGGGAAAAAUAUCUGGUAUCCAUGGAAGACUGGGUGAUCUGGGAGGAAUUGAUAAAGAAUAUGAUGUAGCGAUAUCAACAGCUUGUGGUUCGCUAGAUAAUAUCGUAGUGGAUACGAUUUCAACAGCACAGAAAUGUGUUGAUUUUCUAAAGAAGGCAGAUGUUGGUGUGGCUACGUUUAUUGGGUUAGACAAGAUGCAGAGAUUAAACGAUCAAGCGAAUAGAAAAAUAAAAACACCUGAAAAUGUACCCCGAUUAUUUGACCUUGUAAAGGUGAAGGACCCAGCGUUUCUACCAGCGUUUUAUUAUGCUUUACGUGAUACACUGGUAGCGCAAGAUUUAAACCAAGGAACGAGAAUAGCGUACGGUAAAACCAGAUACAGGGUGGUAACUCUUGCUGGUCAAGUUAUAGAUGUAGCAGGUACUUUAUCUGGAGGAGGGUCAAAGGUGAGUAAAGGUCGUAUGGGGUCAGCGGCAGUGACAGAUGUAGACCCUAAACAAUUGACAGCCAUUGAGAAAUCUCUUGAAAAGGCAACCGUUGAACCUGAAGAGUAUCAUGUAUUUUAA